GUUAACCUCGUUUCCAUGUCGGUGAGCAUUUUUUUUCGUGCAUGCGCACCAGUGUUCUCUCUCUUGCUUCAACUCUUCGUUCAGAACAGAAAGAUGAGUCAGUCUGUACAAGUUUUCGGGCGAAAGAAAACCGCCACAGCUGUUGCCUUCUGUAAGCGUGGCAAUGGAAUCAUCAAGAUAAAUGGAUGUCCUUUACAUUUAGUUGAACCAUCAACUCUCCGAUACAAGGUUCAGGAGCCCAUUCUUCUUCUGGGCAAAGAGAGGUUUGAGGGUGUGGAUAUCCGAGUCAGAGUGAAGGGUGGUGGUCAUGUCUCCAGGAUUUAUGCUAUUCGUCAAGCCAUCUCCAAGGCCUUGGUAGCUUACUACCAGAAAUAUGUGGAUGAGGUCUCCAAGAAAGAGAUUCGCGACAUUCUCGUGCAGUAUGACCGCUCACUUCUGGUGGCUGAUCCACGCCGUGCAGAGGCUAAGAAAUUCGGUGGACCUGGAGCGCGCUCGCGUUACCAGAAGUCUUACCGUUAACUUUUUAUUCACAUGGAGUUGAAAUUCAAUAAAGUGUACUAAUUUGAGGAA